AUGGAGGAAGAACGGCGCGUUGUUCUGUUCGGGAAAUACGAAAUAGGAAGGCUUCUAGGCAAAGGAACCUUCGCAAAAGUCUACCACGCAAAACACAUCACCACCGGCGAGAGCGUGGCGAUCAAGAUCAUCAACAAAGACCACGUCAUGAAACGCCCCGGCAUGAUGGAUCAGAUCAAGCGCGAGAUCUCCAUCAUGAGGCUCGUCCGCCACCCCAACAUCGUCGAGCUCAAAGAAGUCAUGGCGACCAAGACCAAGAUCUUCUUCGUGAUGGAGUUCGUCAGAGGCGGCGAGCUUUUCGCCAAAGUCGUCAAAGGGAAACUCAAGGAAGACGCGGCGCGCAGAUACUUCCAGCAGCUGAUCUCGGCCGUCGAUUUCUGCCACAGCAGGGGCGUCUCCCAUCGCGAUCUGAAGCCGGAGAAUCUCCUCGUCGACGAGAACGGAGAUCUCAAGGUCUCCGACUUCGGACUCUCGGCCUUGCCCGAGCAGCUUCUCCAAGACGGGUUGCUACACACUCAGUGCGGGACGCCUGCUUACGUGGCGCCCGAGGUUUUAAGAAAGAAGGGAUACGACGGAGCGAAAGCGGAUAUUUGGUCGUGCGGCGUCGUUUUGUACGUGCUCCUCGCUGGAUACCUUCCGUUUCAGGAAGAGAAUCUCAUGAACAUGUAUCGAAAGAUCUUCAAGGCGGAGUUCGAUUUUCCUCCGUGGUUUUCGCCGGAAGCGAGGAGGCUGAUCUCGAAGCUCCUCGUCGUCGAUCCCGAGAAACGGAUCUCGAUUCCGGCGAUCACGCGUACGCCGUGGUUUCGGAAAACCUUCAAAGCUCCGAUGAUCGCGGCGAUUAACUCGCCGGGAAACGAAUUGGAGGAGGAGGAGGACGGAGCGGCGGUGUCGCCGAAGUUUUUCAACGCGUUCCAGUUCAUCUCCUCGAUGUCGUCGGGGUUCGAUCUGUCGAGUCUGUUCGAGAGCAAGAGGAAGGUGAGGUCCAUGUUCACGUCGCGGUGGUCUGCGGCGGAGAUUGUGGCGAAGAUCGAAGGGAUCGGGAAGGAGAUAGGGAUGAAGGUGAAGAGGACGAAGGAUUUCAAGGUGAGGAUGCAGGGGAAGACGGAGGGGAGGAAGGGGCAGAUAUCGGUGACGGCGGAGGUUUUCGAGGUUGCGCCGGAGGUUGCCGUCGUGGAGCUGUGUAAAUCGGCUGGAGACACUCUGGAGUAUAACAAGUUGUAUGAGGAGCAAGUCAGGCCGGCGUUGAAGGACAUCGUGUGGUCGUGGCACGGUGACAGCAAUAAUAAUAAUAAUAUUAUUAUUGAUGACAGUAAUAUUAAUAAUUAUAUUAGCGAUGAAAACUCUGGUAGUGACUGUGAGAGAAUAUAA